UGGGGAAGAAGUGGCCGCAGAAGCAGAGAAGCACCUACAUUCCAAGAGGUUUCCGCGAUUGCUCUGACCAUGCUUGCUGCCGCACUCCACCUCCCGAGUUUGCUGCUAGCCUGCGCGCUCCUGAAGAGCUGCGUGGCAUUCAAAAACGAUGCAACCGAGAUCCUUUAUACCCACGUUGUCAAAACUGUCCCGCCCGGUAGCCACAACAACACCAUGAAUCAAGCGAGGCACGGAGGCAGACAUGCAGGAUUCGAUCGGAGCAGUCGAGUUCAAGUUGGAUGUCGGGAACUGAGAUCAACAAAAUACAUUUCAGAUGGUCAAUGUACUAGCAUAAACCCUUUGAAAGAGUUAGUAUGUGCUGGGGAAUGCCUUCCUUUGCCAGUGCUACCUAACUGGAUUGGGGGAGGUUAUGGAUCCAAGUACUGGAGCAGAAGAAGUUCACAGGAAUGGAGAUGUGUCAAUGACAAAACUCGCACCCAGAGGAUUCAGCUGCAGUGUCAAGAUGGAAGCACAAGAACCUACAAAGUAACUGUGGUUACAGCUUGUAAGUGUAAACGUUACACAAGACAACACAAUGAAUCAAGUCAUAACUUUGAAGGAGCAACGCAAGCUAAGCCAAAUCAACAACAUAAAGAAAGAAAAAAGAACAGUAAAACCACGAAGCAGUCUCCAAGUUAAGAACUUAAUGUAUGUGGAGUGUGCAUGUAUGUGUAGGGGUGCGCAAACAUGUACACCCACACAAAAAUACACCCACACACAAUUUAUUAAUGACUCUCUAUUUUACAGAUGUCACUACCUAACAAAACCCAUCUUAUGUUGUGGUUGCUUCUUCAAUGGGUAUAUAUACAUUUGUGGCUUUGACCAAACUCAGAAGGGCAUUCUUUUCUGAACAAUUUUUAGAGGUGACUCUUCUUAUUUUAAAACUGGUCUAUAAGCCUACAGUUUAUUAUUUUAUAUAUGCAUAUCUAAAUAAAGAAAAUGAAUAUUUUGCCAUGGGAAGUCAAACAUUUUAUACUGCAGACAGCAACUACUCUGAAAUUUUCAAAGGCACUUUCCAUAUCACAUAUUUUAUUGGCAGCAAAGACAACUUAUUUAAAAUAAAUGUUUUAAUUAGAUUCAUUAGAGUGAAAUUAAAACAUUUAUUUUAAACAAAAUGUCAAUUGGCUGGAAUUAUUUCCCCUCAUAAUAUGGUAUAAUGAUAUGAACAAAUUGCUCAACAAAAAGGAAAAAUAUAAAGUAGGAAAAAAUGAAAUUUGAAUGAAACCUAUUUAUUUGACAGUGUAAUUAUUUAAUGAAUUUUUAUGUGCUUUCUAUUUUUUAAGAUGGCUGUCUGAUAUAUUUUCCAUUCUUUCAAGCAUCAAAAUAUUUUCUUAUGAUUUGUUAUCAAAUUAGAAUAUAUAUUUGUAGAUAAUGUAGAUAUUUUAACCUUUAUACUUUUUCUUUGAAAUAAACACAGUUCAAGUAAGACAUUUUAAAAUGUUUUGUAAAUACUUUGUA